CAAAAAAAUGAAACUCACACAUAUGAAUCUUUGUAAUAUGUACAUAAUGAAAAUGGAAAUCAGAAUUAAAUUAAAACGAUUUUUGCCGAGUUAUUGCGGUAUGAAUUGCAAAAUUUUCAAAUUUUAACGGCAAAAGUUUUUUAAAAUCGCGAAGUCGGAAACCUGGUAACUAAUACGUCACAGUAGGAACCGGUUCGCAUCUCAGCUUGUUUACAAAUAGUAAAAAUUAUUGUACAAAGGUCGAUAUUUACAAUCAAAACUCGCUCAAUUUUUCUAAUAAUGUCCUCAUCGAACUCAGACACGGAAAGUACUAGCUACCAAACAGACGACUCUGAUUGGAAUUAUUAUCCCGGGAUAUUCGAUAUAAAAAAGACAAGUGAAGCGUCCGCUACUAAAGACGACAAAAGCACAGAUGACAACGCAGACGUUGGCCCAUACAGCAAUGAACCAGUUGCUGAUGAAGAAUGGCUUUCUAACUACCGUGGAAGAAAACAAAAAUAUGAUGACCGUUUGAAAGAACUUCAACGUAGACUUGACGGCGAAGAGAAAUAUGACCAAUGGUGUAAAUGUGGCAAUUGUUGA